GUGGCUGGCAUCCAGUAGCCUUUUCCCUCUGUCAUGCAUCCACACAAGCACAUCUCUGCAGAAAUCCAAGAAGUGGGAGAAAAAGAACUGGGUCGUCUACCCUCCGCAGCUGCCUGGAGAACCUCGCAGACCAGCUGAAAUAUAUCACUGUCGGAGGGAAAUAAAAUACAGCAAAGAUAAGAUGUGGUAUCUGGCAAAACUGAUACAAGGAAUGUCCAUUGAUCAGGCUCUUGCUCAGUUGGCAUUUAAUGAUAAAAAAGGAGCAAAGGUGAUCAGAGAGGUUCUGUUAGAAGCACAGGAAAUGGCAGUAAGAAAUCACAAUGUGGAAUUCAAGUCAAAUUUACAUAUAG